GGUUACGGUUGUGUCUUAUUGGAUCUGGAGAUUUCUGGAUUUGUGUAGAAGUGUGCCUAAAUAAUAGAGGCUACAUUUAUAGCAGCAAAAUUUUCAAAGAGGUUUCCCCUAUUUGUUAGAUCUUCAUAAGAAAACUGUAAGGGCUGUUCAUGCAAUAUUUCUAAUUCUGGUUCAGCAAUUUUUGCUCAUUCUAGACACAGAGGCAUUUAUGGACUUCCAUAACGGUGAAAAGCAGCAGUAUGGCAGAGUCAAGGUUGGAAUGUGUUUGAAUAUUGUAGCUUGGGUUGAUAGUUGGGCUGUUGAUUUGAUCACCAAGCUUGGAGAUUUGGUUGCAAAUGUUUCGUCUCCAUUGUUGUAAACCAAGUGAAAUCAAGGAGAGCAAGAGAAGCCUGGUUCUCCAACAAAUCAAUAAACAGGCACAUUGACAUCAACCCAAUCUACCAACUGCUGAGAACAAAAGAACUACUGCAACCGCAAUCCUGAAGGCAGCAUUUAAAAAUGAACAAACAGGAACCCCACCAUUCAGCAACAAAAAUCACAGCCCUCCACAAGAAAUUGGACCAGCCAGCCAACCAAACAACCCGAAACCAGAUCAUGACUCAGAGGUAACUGAACGAACAAACACCAUUUGCAUCACACAGACUAUACUUAGAUACCAAGGAGUAUGGCCCAGCAACAACAACCAGCAAAUCAAACAGUCUGAAACCAGACCAUGACUCAGCAACAUCUGGACAAACAAUGCCCACACCAAUUUACAUCACACAAAAAGAUUUUUAGAAGUUCCGCUCAGCCAUCUGAAGAGAAAGUAGGCACUUUCACAAAGAUAAUAGAAGCAAUGGGAUUUACAGGGCCACUAAAAUAUAGAAAAUGGAAAAUUAGAAUAGCAGCACUACGCAUGUAUACAUGUUGCGUGGAUAAAAUAGACUAUGAAGAAUUCUUUAACAAAUUACAGAUCCCUGACACUUUCAACUCUUGGUUUUUAAUAGCACAGCUUCAUGUCUGGAUGUGCUUAGUACGAAUGAAGCAAGAGGGACGAGCAGGAAAAUACAUGUGUUACUAUAUAGUAUAUGCUAUGUGGGAAGAUGCUGAGCAACGUGGGAAGGUUAUGGGAGUUAAUUCUCUUAUCCUAAAAAGAAGUCUGAGAACCUUGACAGAAGUUUUCUAUGCAUCUAUUUUUGGAUAUGAUGAGGGAAUACUUUCAGAUGAUCAUGUACUUGCAGCAGCUAUCUGGAGAAAUCUGUUUGAAACAAAUUGCAGUGAUCCUAGGCAGCUGGCAAUGAUGGUAGAAUAUGUGCGCAAGCAGGUGCAGCAUCUGGAUGCUAUGUCAGGAGAAGACUUGCUGCUGUCUGGGGAAGUGACUUGGCGCCCCCUUAUGGAACCUAAUCCACAAAGCAUUGUAAAGCCCGUUUCUCCAGUAUAUAAUGAUGAAGGACUUUGAAUCCUUGUCAACCAACCAGAAAAUGUUUGCUGUUAUGUAUAUUAUCCUUAUACAUAGAAUAAUUCCUGGAAGCAGUAACUGGGAAUUCUUUAAAAAAAGCAUAAUAAAUGCUGUACUGCUAUGUUAAAAAGUGAAUAGAAGUUUGUUCUUUUGUAAUUAUACAUUCUAAUAAAUUUAAAUACCAUGGUGUUUUAGUAGUAUAAAUAGUUGCUACUAUUUAUUUAUGGAGUCUUUUACAAUUAUAUUAUCCCCAGGUCCUGUCAGCUCAGAUAUCUUUUGUGGAAAAAAUAGUCUAUCUACAUCGGGAAAGACGAGGAUCAGUUGGCCAAAUAUUAUGAUCCUCUUUUGCAAAGCCUGAAAAAAAUGCAAAAUUCCUACUAUGUUUUUGAACAAAUAUUGUCUGUCUCUAAGCAAAUGUUAUCUUGGGAAUUGCAAGGAUUAAAAUAAAGUUUCUUAAAGUAUUUCUUGCUAUUUCCCAUCUCGGAUCAUAUUCAAGGUAAUAUAUACAGUGGGGAACACUUUCUUACUUUGAUUUUGCAGUUCAAGAAUAUAACAUUUUAAUGAUCUUGUAGGAGUCAUAGCUUUCACAAUCAGCCCAGAGGUAACUAUUAAAUGAGUAUUUAUAAAUGAUUUUCAUGUUGUUUUUAGAAAUGCAGAUAAAAUCAGCUUGGUUUAAUCUGAUGUCUGGGAAAUGGAAUCUAUAUCUUCCCUCCCUAAUUGUGGAGAAAACUUAUUUGUUGAAGCUAGUAUUUGCUUUGAAAGAGUAAUCCCUAUUGAAGUUUCACCUAGUGUUAUUUUAAAAGGGUGAUUGUACUAGGGCUUGUAGGAGGGGGGAAAAAAGGUCAAAUUACUUCAGCCCCGGUAAUGAUCAGAUUUUCUCCUAGUGAAUGUGAUUUGCAUUUUUAAAAACCUGUAUGUUCAAUCCAACUCUAAUGUCAUCUAGUUUGGUUCUAUUACUAUGGUUAGAAGUUCUAGUAUCAAGGUCCAUCGUUUUGUAUAAUUAAAGCAACUCAAAGGCUUUUUCUGUGCUGCUUAUCAAAUGGUAUCUUCAUUUAGAAAUUAUCCUGAGUUGCUCAUAUAAAGCAAGUUGAUACAUUAUUCCUUUUUAGAAGAGAAAUUUAAUUUUUUGUAAUGGCCAGCACUAAUAUCCCCGUUUUAUCAUUUGACUUUUGUUUUCGUUUGUUUGAAAAGUUGGGAGAGAUACAUUCUCCACAAAUUUAGAGUCUGACUCUAAUAAAUAUACUAAAAUAUAGUUGUCUUUUUUAUACUUUAAGCAGUACUACAUUCCAAAAGUUUCAUAGCCUGAUGUAUAUAGUAUAUGCAUUACAAUUGCAUAAUAUAUGAUCAAGGUUCUGCCAAUGCCCUUCUGUUCUUAUAUAUUCUCCAAAAGCUCUUGAGUUGCUAUUGUACUUUUCUACAUGAACUGUGGGGCAAGAUUUUUGAAAAUGACCAAUUCUUUCCCGAAGUUUAAAGAUUUUAAUGUAUAAUUUCUAGCACACAAUGCUGUUACUGGGUUAUUACAUAUAUUUUGCUCUUGAUGAUCAUGUAAAUAGCCAAUACAGAAGAUGCUCUAUUUGAGUGAAGAAAAUUAAUGGAAACUCUUAAAAAAAGAGAGCCACCUUCUGUAAUUCAAUUCAAAAACAUAAUCUGCUCCUUUAAUAUGUAUUAUUGGAAUCUCUUUGGAAACGGUUGAAUUUUCACUAAUGUGCUGUUAAUGAAUGGAAAGGAAGAUAAAUCCAUUUGCAAAACUGUCUAUACUGCAUGGGGCAAAUACGCCAUUCUAGAUGCUCUAUUGCUAUAUUGGUCAAUUUUCUUUCUGUCCAAAAACUAAACCCACUAAAUACAACCCCAAACAUUUAAAUUAUUUUUUUCUAAAUAAAGCUUACUCAGCUAAAUCUAUAAUGAAACAAUGAGUUACGUUCUACUUUUGUAAAAACAUUACAAACCAGGCACUUUUUCCUCAGUUUAUUUAAGAUGCCUUUGUUGCAAGCUCUACUAUACAGAUUAGGUAUAAAAUGCUAUGCAGAGUAUAUAUGAGAGUUAAUACUUUGCAAUUUAUUAUGGCUGUAUUAUAUUUAUAAAGCAAGGCUUAGCUGUGUAAGAAUCAGCUGAUUAAUUUUUUAAAAUAUAAAUGAAGUACUUAAAUGAAUUUACUGUGUCUCUUGCUGCUCUGUGAAUACACAAAAAAUGAAUAAAUUGGAUACAUUAAUUCUUAA